CUGUUUCGUUAUUCUUAUUUUAUACAGAUACCUCAAUGGGUUCGUGACAUAAAUGAAGAUCGGGGUUAUCACGGCCAUGAUAUUAUCGGAUAUCACUACUAUACGUAUAAAAAGGUAAUCAGGUGGUGUACGUAUGUCACACAUGGAUUCCUGGAUUCCAAAAGUUCCUUUCAGCCGCUGCCGUUCCUCAAUGAAACAGAAAUUGAGCAGUUCCCGGCACUUGUCUAUAUGAUAGCUAGAACACCAACUUAUUUCACCGGUAAUAUCACCAGUAGGGUGAGUGAUUUCGGGCCGGACGCAACACUGAUGUGUACUAAAGUUUACAAUCAAACAGAACUCACAGAAAUCAGUCUACCAGAUUCCAACUGUGGCAUUAAUAUACUUUAUUUCAGCAAUCAGUAUCUCAUUGGAUUGUUUCAUUGGAUCAGAACCGCUCUUAUGUAUACCGGAGUGCGGCCAGUUCACCUCUCCGCUCCACUGCCAGCCUCGAUGAGUGUGGUGCUCUACAAACGACUACCUUUCCUGGAUGAAUCACAGUGCCAGCAGAUGUUCCUCAUACACCAGUACAGCUACAGUAUUCAAUUCCAGGACUACACACCUCGUGCGGUAUGGGAACUGAUCGACAUACUCCUACCAAACGCCACUGAAGAGUGUCCGCCACUUCAGGACACGAUGUGGUUCUCUGUUGCAACACCUUUAACUGAACUCCAAAUGAUUUACUUUUCUGGUGAGCACGAUUUAGUUAAACUGGAACACAAGCAAUCCUACGUACUCGUCGGUUUAACUGGUGGUAUUGCUGUCAUAGCUUUAGCUAUGAGUAUUUUCUGGGGUCUAAACGGUUCGGCAUUCGCUAACUGA